AAUCUAUUCUACAUUCUUUGACAUUAACGUGGAGCGUGGUCGUUUGAUCGGCUCCAUUUUUAUCUUUAGAUUGUGGUUAGAACCGCUUUCGUUCGAUUUUUCUUAAAAAAACGAAAUGGCGAAAUUUGAUUUAACAUCGCGUAUAGGUCAAUAUCUUGAUCGACAUUUAGUUUUUCCACUUUUAGAAUUCUUAUCUGCGAAACAGAUUUACGAUGAAGACGAAUUAUUACAAGCUAAGCUUGAUAUUCUUAGCAAAACAAAUAUGAUAGAUUAUACAAUUGAUAUUCGAAAACAACUUUAUCCUAACUUGGAAGUACCUGAGGAAUUAAAAGCUCGUCGUGCAGAUGUACUACAAGAACUUAGUAUUUUACAAAAUAAUGUGUCUGUUGUUGUGGCACUUAUGAAUAAUGAGGAAGUUAUGAAGAAAAUGGAAAAUAUGAGAGAUUCUAAAGCAUUAAAUAAUUAUCUUACUCAAGAAUCUGAUUUCAGAGUGGAAAUGAUGGAUAGUUUUGUGAAAUUAGCAAAAUAUCGUUAUGAAUGUGGUAAUUACUCUGUUUCUACAUCAUAUUUGUAUUUCUAUAUGCUUAUAAUGCCACCAACUGAUAAGAAUUAUUUAAAUGUACUUUGGGGUAAAUUGGCAUCAGAAAUUUUAGUGCAAAAUUGGGAAACUGCAUUAGAAGAUGUAAACAAAUUGAGAGAAUAUAUUGAUAGCAAUGUGAUAGGAAAUUCUCUUCAAGUAUUACAACAAAGAACAUGGCUUAUUCAUUGGAGUUUAUUUGUAUUUUUUAAUCAUGUGAAAGGCAGAGAUUUAAUUGUAGAAAUGUUUCUUUAUAGACCACAUUACUUAAAUGCAAUUCAAACAAUGUGUCCUCAUAUAUUGAGAUAUUUAGCAGCAGCUGUCAUUGUUAAUCGUUCUAGACGAUCUAUAUUAAAAGAUCUUGUAAAAGUAAUACAACAGGAAUCUUAUACAUAUCGUGAUCCCAUUACGGAAUUUUUAGAACAUUUAUAUGUUAAUUUUGAUUUUGAUGGAGCAAGACAAAAAUUACAAGAAUGUCAAACAGUUGUGUUUAAUGACUUUUUCUUGAUUGCAUUGUUGAGUGAAUUUGUAGAAAAUGCUCGUUUAAUGAUCUUUGAAACAUUCUGUAGAAUACAUCAAUGUAUAAGUAUCGGAAUGCUUGCAGAAAAACUUAAUAUGAAAGCAGAUGUAGCAGAAUGCUGGAUUGUCAAUCUAAUCCGUAAUGCACGAUUAGAUGCCAAAAUAGAUAGCAAAUUAGGACAUGUUGUAAUGGGUGGACAGCCUGCAUCACCUUAUCAACAGCUAGUUGAAAAAAUUGAAACCUUAAGUGUUCGUAGUGAAGCAUUAGAAAAUUUAAUUGAACGGAAAUUAAAAGCUAAAAAUCAAGAUCCUGUAAGUAUAGUGUGGAACUAACUAAGUAUCAAAGCUCGUGGAACUUGGAUUUAUGACAUCAUGAUAUAAUAUGCAAGGAUACUAACUAAGGCAUUUAACUCAAACUGUAAACAGAACAUCUGACAGUGAAUAAUUCAAUUCUAUAUAUGUAAGUUGAAGUCAGAGUUAUAUUGUAAAAUGAAUAUAUUUUUAUUCAAACUCUUUUUUAAAUUGAAUGAAUAAAAAUAUAUUUGUGGAAAAAUUGUAUAAAUAUACAUAUAUGUAUAUUAUUACAUGAAAUUAUACUUUUUGUAAUAUGUAUCUAUACAUUUCAUUAUAAGAAAUGUGUAAAAAGAAA